AUGGCCAUAAUUUCUUCUUCGGCAAAACUUAAGUCCAAGUCCCUGUUCAUUUUUCUCCUUCUCUUGCAAUUCUCCGUAACCAAAGGUCAUGGAGGGGACGAUCACGAGGACGAAGGUGAUCAUGCAAACUUGCAUGAGAAGGGCAUAAUCUUGGUGAAGAUAUGGUGCUUGAUAAUUCUUCUAGUCAGCACUUUUGCAGGUGGUGUCUCCCCCUACUUUUACCGAUGGAACGAAAGUUUUCUCCUCUUAGGCACCCAGUUUGCGGGUGGGGUUUUUCUAGCCACCUCUUUGAUUCAUUUCUUGAGCGAUGCUAACGAAACUUUUGGUAAGCUCACGACCAAAACUUACCCUUUUGCAUUCAUGCUGGCAUCGGCGGGCUAUCUUCUAACCAUGCUUGGUGAUUGCAUAGUUAUCUAUGUUACAUCAAGUGGUGAAAGAGAAGCUAGAGUUGAAAUGGAAGAAGGGAGAACUGCUAAUGAGGAGCACUCUAAAGAUGUAGGAAUGGAUGCCAACCCAGUUUUCCUGAGGACGACGUCUCUCGGGGAUACUGUGCUUCUUAUUCUCGCCCUGUGUUUUCAUUCAGUUUUCGAGGGCAUUGCUGUUGGCGUUGCGGAUACCAAGGCAGAUGCGUGGAGGAAUCUUUGGACAAUAUCACUGCACAAAAUUUUUGCGGCCAUUGCGAUGGGCAUUGCACUGCUCAGGAUGAUACCAAAGAGGCCAUUUCUAUUGACCUGUGGUUACUCUUUUGCCUUUGCUGUUUCUAGCCCCAUCGGAGUAGGGAUCGGCAUUGCCAUUGAUGCAACAACUCAAGGACAUGUAGCUGAUUGGAUUUACGCAAUCUCGAUGGGACUUGCUUGUGGGGUUUUCAUUUACGUUGCCAUCAAUCAUCUUAUCGCCAAGGGCUUCAAACCACAAGCAAAAUGUUACUUCGACACUCCCUACUUCAAGUUUCUUGCUGUGCUUCUUGGAGUAGCAGUUAUAGCAGUUGUUAUGAUCUGGGACUAAUGUAACUCUUUGCAUACUAAUUUGUAAGUUUCUUCAAUUAUAAUGAACGCAACAUCAAUAAUCAAAUACCAGGCAUUGAAAUUACUCCAUGUUCAAAUAA